AAGGGGCCACCCCUACACCUGGAGCACAGAGGGGCCUGGGCCAGGGCCAGGGCCUCGGGAAGCCAUGGAGAGCUUCAUGGAGUCGCUGAACAGGCUGAAGGACGUCCAUGAGAAUGAGAUCACGGGACACCCAGGCUGAGGUCUGCCCGGCCGACACAUCUGUCCGAUUCUCCCGCCGGCAACAGGGCUGCAGCCACACCACCCCCUUCACUCCAGUGCCCGGGCCAGACCCUCCCGAGACCUUUCUGAGACUCACACACACCCUGAAGCCCAAAAGGGCCUGGGUCACCUCCCCCAGAGACCCAGAGGGGCAGGGGCUGCUUGGGCUAGCCUAGGGCCCAAGCCAGACCACAAUGAGGCCUGCAGAACAAGCUUCUGGAACUGAACUCAGAGAGGUGCCGGAGGACUCGUCGUGAGUCCGGGAGACCCGCGGGCCGGCUCCCCGAGUCCCCCUUGCACAGAGGAGGCUGCAGGUGGCACAUGGAUGAGACAGGGUCCCCAGGGAGGCCGCGAACACUCUCGCUUGGGCGUGCUGGCAUUGCCCUUGCGAGGCCCCACUUCUCAAGGCAGUCCCAGGCCACGGGAGAGGCUGGCGGGGCAGCGCGGGGGGCCCCCGGCAGAGCAGCACGCGCACGGCGGCCCGUCCCCCGCAGGGACGCCCAGAGGGCGGAGGAGCUCUGUGCCAAGAACCGUCAGCUCAGGGAGCAGCAGAGGGCGCUGAAGGAGAACCUGCGGGCGCUGGAGAACAGGCUGCGGGCCGGCCUGUGCGACCGCUGCAUGGUCACCCAGGAGCUGGCGAGGAAGAAGCAGCAGGAGUUCGAGAGCUCCCUGCUCCAGAGCCUGCAGCAUGUCUUCCUUCUCACGACCGAGCUGACCCGGCUGCAGGAGGAAAACGAUGCCUUGAAGGAGGAGGUGAAGCAGCUCCGGGGCCCAGGGCCCAAGCCCCAGCCCAGGGAGGGUGCCCCAGACCCCCCGUCACCCCUGCUGCUCCCCUCCCUGGGCACCUGGAAGGCCGUCACUGAGAAGCCACUGGGAGGCCGUGAGGAGACAGAGGACGACCACACAGAAAGGCCGGUGGGGUACGGGACGUCUCCAGUAGCCAAAAUCUCCCCGGGUGCCAGCCUGCCUGAGCCCCGGGCCCCGGACAUGAGCCCCCAGCACAUCUCCAACCAGCUACACGGGACCAUCGCCGUGGUGCGGCCAGGGUCCCGGGCCUGCUCCGCCAACCGGGGCUCCGUCAACGGGACGUCCCCACUGCCGCCCCCCAGGAGCAGCCCCCCAAGCCCGCCUGGAGAGCACAGCCUCCCUCUGGACAGCUUCCUGCAGGCCUCUCUGCCCUCUGCCAAGCCCUGCGAGUCCCCGAAGCGCUCCCUCCAGGCUGACCGCCUCUGCCACCUGAACCGCCACCUGGCCCUGCCCCGUGGGAGCCCUCACAGAGGCCCCCAGGCCCCUGCCACAGCCCCCAGCGGCCUCCAGCCCCAGGGCCUCAAGGCCAGGGAGGCGGAGGCCUGGGAGGAGCCCGCGGGUCUUCUGGGCCUGCCAGGCGCCCUGGCGGGCGUGCGGGACCCGCGGCUGGAGGGAGCGCUGCACCUGCUCCUGGCCCGGCAGCUGUGGGCCCGGGGGCGGGCGGGCAGUGCCGGGCUGAGGGGCCCACCGGUGCUGGGGAAGACGCCACCCUCCCCGCCAGCCGGCUCCCACUCGGAGGGUCCCCGGGGCGGGGCGGCCGGGGCAGCCCUGCCCAGAGGGCAGCACCCACAGCCCACAGGCCCAGGCAGUCCCGGGGCAAAGGAGGCCACGGCCACACAGGACUAUGUCCCAGACAAGCCCCUGGACCUCUCCGAGUGGGGCCGGGGCCGGGACGGCGCCCCCAAGCCUGCCAGCCUGCCAGGAUCACUCAGCCCCCCAGGUGCCCACACGCCCAGCCCCAGGCCACCCCAGGGAGCGGAGCCCUCUGCACAGUCUGGGGUCCAGGGACUCAGCGACGGCACCAAGGGGGCCAAAGAGCCAGAGGCGGAAGAGCCUCCACCUUCCACGGAACCCUCACAUUCUCUCCCAGGCCCCAGCCUGCCCUCUCCAAGUGGGCCAGGAGAUGAGGACAGAGGGAGGCCAAAACUGCCCCCCUGCGCGCAAAGGCCUGAUGGAGACAGCCACCCGGGUGGGCCUGAGCACCGAGGCAGGGGCCGCGCGGAGCUCGCCAGCCGAGGGACCCAGGGGUUUCUGCGCCAAGGAGCGUGGGCGGGGCCCACAGAAGAGGAAGCGGGCCUCAGACCAGUGGAGCAAAGCCUCGAAGAAGCCGUCCUGAGGAAUAAGGAACCCAGGGGAGCCAGGAGCCCGAGGGACCCCGAGGACGGCAGCCCCUCACCCAGCACCAGCAGCUGGGAAGAGAGCCAGGGGCACCCCAGCCUGCCCAGCCGUGCUCCCCACCCGACUGCCCGCGGCCAGGACAGCCCACGCCGUCAGCCAGCAGACGGCCCCAGCAGCAGCGUAGUGAACUGGGUCCUGGCCCACAUCCAGAGGGGUUGGGAAGGCCAAGAGGGCUGGUCUUCUGAACCCCUCCAUCUCAGAAAUGGUCUUGCCCGCCACCCUCAGCCCAGCAUCUGCUCCCUUGCAGGGAGUAGGGGCCUGGGAGGCCAGGGUGGCUCAAGCUCCAGCCCAGCCCCACCCCCUACCCCUGCUGUGCACAGGCAGCCCUUCCUGGACAGUGCCCCCUCCUCCCACCAACUCCACUAGCAUCCUGGACCCAAGGGGCUACGAGCCUGGCCGCCUAUUCCUGACGGGGCAUGGAGCUCUGAGCGGUGGUCUCGGGCGCCCCCUCGUGGGCGUCCCACAAACAGGUGCUGGGCAGUGAGGGCGCAGGAAGGCUGACGGCAGCACCUGGGGAGGGGGGGUCCCAGGGCAUCCAGAGAAUAAAGUGUAAUGAAGGA